GGCGCCGCGCUUGGGGCGCUGCGGCUGUGCGGCGCGGCGGGGGCUUGCUGCGGGCCGGGGGAGCGGGCACGGGAGCCGCCUCCCGGCGUUUUCUUUCUCUGCGGGCUGCCCACUCCCUUGCCGGCAGCCCUGUCGUUUGCCUUGAAGCGCGGAGCUUGGCACCAGGAGACGGAGGCUCCGUUUGGUGACGAGGUGCUGGAACAGGCACAUAGGAAGAGUUUAAAGCAAUGAGCCCACGAGAGGGCACCAGGCACUGAUGGAAAUCUCAGUGAGACUUCAGGGCUGUGGAAGAGGAAAGCUCUUUGGAGGCUGGCGGUGGGGAGCACCUGGAGGCUCGUGUGAUUCCCGGCCUGGGUGAUGCUGUGAGCACAUGAAUAGCGUGAGUGGACUCCUGUCUGCCUCUGUAAUUUCCAUCCAGGACACCUGCUUUGUCUAUCCUGCCUGUCAAAAAUGCUAUUCUAGGCUGAUAGUGGAUUCUAGGAGGUUUAACUGUCUAAAAUGUGGCUGCACAGGUGAAGCUAAAGAUGCAAGCUACAGAUAUAGAUUGUCCUUAAAGGUUGCUGACACUCGUGAUUUGUUUGACAUUACCGUGUUUGGAAGUUGCUUAGAGCCGUUCUUUGGGGUCGCCGCAGCAAACCUGCAGAGGUGUAUUCAAGACUUCAAUCAGCUGUCAGGAGAAGCUAACACAGAUGCAUCUCCAGGAGUGCUGGUUCAAGCAGUGGAAACCUGUUUCAUUGGAAGAAGAUUCAUAUUUGGAGUGAAGGACUGUGCAAGGGAAGAUGGAGGGCAUUCUGCUGCCAGCAGAAUCGUGCAGAACUGUUCCAGAAUUAAUAGAAGUACCAAAAACCUUACAGCUUGCCAGCUCUUCCUGCCAAACGCUGCUGUUAGUGGCUUUACUGUUAUCAGCUGCUUCCAUCGGCUCCUGCAGUCGGCAAAAUCCUGGAGCGGCAAUAACAGCUCAUGCUUACCUGGUGCAUUUGCAGCUCCCAUAGAUGAACCUGUCAGUGAGCUCAGCAGCUUGUCUAGCCUGAGCAGAAACUCCUGCUCUGUUCAGUCUAGUGCCAGAGAAAGUUUCUUAGGGUCCUGGCAGCAGUCCUUCAGCCUGACUUCAUCUGUUGCUGAGGUAACAGCAGAAGAUUUUCCUGCUCUGGAAGUGAAGGAGCUGGUGAGUGAACAGUAUGAACAAGAGCAGAGGCCUCUCUCUACACAACUGUGCAGUGUAAGCCUGAACCAUCACACUCUUUUGGAUCCACAGUUUUUCAGCUCUUCAGUGAAGGAAAGGAAUAGAGAAGAUGGCAAUGAAUUGACUUUGCAGCCUGAUCAGAGUGACAGCCUCUCUGCAACUGAUGAGAUAGCGUCCUCUUCAAAGACUGAGUGUUCACAUGGGAACAGUUCCAGGUUAUUACAACAUCCCUCACAAUUUGAGCUAAGAAGCACUUACACAAAAGCUAAUAGUAGAAAUCAUUCUUGCCCAGAAAAAUCCCACAACUCCCUUUUUCACAAGAGAGAUUCCUCAGCACCUAGUAGCAGAAGUGCAGCUGGACUGUCUCGGGUGGACUCUGUGCUUUGGGAUGACCUUCCAUUCUCAGAAAGCCUUAAUGAAUUUUUAGCCAGGAUAGAAGAUGGCAAGAGUGUUGUAAGCCUUAGUGCAGGCAAACAGGCCCUUCUUGAGAGCAGUGAGCUGGAUGUAAAUCUUAGUAAAUCAUAUUCCAGGCAAACCCUUGUAGCUGGUGAUUUGCCUGAAGCAAGUGUCUCAGGGAGAUUGUUGCCACUAGCAGAGAAUAAUAGCUGGGAAAACAUACUGCUUGCUCGUUUUCAGUCAAACAGAACUGCUCUGAGUGCUGAGGUGUCACAGCGUGAGUCUUCAUCUAGGGUUUCAUCUUCAACUGAUAAAGAACAUGGAGCAUCUUCCGUUACACCUAGCCCUCAUUUACCUGUUCUGUCACCAUUCUUGCCAGUUACAUCAAACCCCUCUGUUCCUGAGAGCAGAUCUGAGCACUCCAAAGAAGCAAGUGUUGACAUUUCAAAGUCAGCAUCGCCUUUUAUUAGCCUGCAGUGCACUGCUGAACAUGGAGAAAGCUCACCUGUAAAAGGGAGCAAGGCAGCUGCCUGUGUGCUUGCUGCACAGGACAGCUGUUUAGCUGGUGGUGGAAAUAAAGACAACUCUUCUACACCAAGCCAAAGAACAGGUCUUAUGUUCACAGGGGCAUGGGACUUUGAUCCACCCAACACUAUGAGAAGGGUAUAUCAAAGAAAAUUAAACCCAUUGACAGAGCUGUCAGAAAAUAUCCUCAGGAGUGUUAACAGGAGAGAGAUGCUGUGGAACAGUAGCUUCCCUGAAGGCAGCUACAAUGCUUCUGCUGAUCUCUUUGAUGCAAGUGCCAGAGAGGCAGAAAAACCUGUAGAAUUCUUCAAUAAAUUAUGUAAUUCUGUAAUAGAAGAAGAUACUUUGACAGAAAAGGUCACACCUCCUGAACUGGUGCUUUGGCCUGGAGAUGGUCUCUCUAAGAGUUCAAAACUGAGCUCAUCUCUGCACAGGUCUCCCCCUGAUUUCAGUAAGCACAGUACACCACUAACUUACACCUUUUGUGAUCCAGAAUGCAGUUCAGUCAGUACUCAAGACUUUGUUCCUUAUUCACAGUCAACUCCUAUGACAAAACCUCUCCAGAAACUGUGGCCUGUUGCAGAAAGAAGCUCUUUAGUCACCAUCUUCACCCCUAAAAACCAUUCCAAACGCAAGCGGCCCAGGUCUUCCUUUCAAAACACUCUGCUGCAGCAGCUUACUGGCAGGUUAGUGAAGCAAGACAGACCAAGUAGCAGGGAAGACAGAGAAAAUUACAGCUGUGCUUCACAGCAGUUCCCAAACAGCCAACCACCUGCUGACUUUGAGGAGUGGAUCCCUCCAUCUGCAAGCAAAAGGCUGAAAAGUGCAUCCUCAAACUUGACAACAGUAAACUGGGCUGCUGCCUUGCAGUCGGCCUGUGGGCAUGGUAGCAGGAGCCCUGUUUCUGAAAGCAAAGAGAGCAGAGAAAAUGGUGCAUGCUUCCAAAAUGAGAGACUAAAGCCUGGGGAUACAGCCAGGAUUCUAACAACUCCUGUAUCUGCAGGUGCCAUCGAGCUCUCUUCUUUCAAUGCUACGGUCCUGGAAGUGUGUUCCCCUCCAGAAGGCAAGAAUCGUCUCUCAAAUGCAAGUCGCUCGGGGGCUGUACUGGGAGGGGCAGCUGGCUGGUCUCCUGAGUUGUUCUUCCAAGCACAGACUCCUUUUUCCAGGAAGCCAAAAUACUAAAAAAUACUUCUAGGCUGUGGGUUUGGUUUUUUUUUUCCAGUUAUAUUUAAGACUUUGGGGAAGAAACCAGUAGAAGAAAAAGGACUAUUGGACAAUUGCAAGUUUUAUGCACCUGCUGGCUUAUGUUUUUCUAAGAUGAGCUUUAGUUUGCAGAUCCUUCUACCACAGAGGUGGGGAAUACAGAAUUUGCAGUUGCUCUGAUCUAUUGUAAGUUAACUCUAGAAUGUGCAAUAAAAACUUUUGUAACUGUU